AUGCCGGUAGGUGUUCCCAAAGUAGCCUUUGAUGUUCCCGGCGAGGAUGAAGCUUCUUGGAUUGACUUAUACUAUCGACUUUUUCACGAAAGACUACUUUUUUUAGGUAAAGAGGUUAGCAGUGAAAUAUCAAAUCAACUCGUCGGUAUAAUGGUAUAUCUAAGUUUAGAGAACAAGAACAAAGAUUUGUAUAUGUUUAUAAAUUCUCCAGGCGGAGGGAUUCUAUCUGGAAUGGCAAUUUUUGAUGUUAUGCAAUUUGUAGAAGCAGAAGUACAGACAGUAUGCGUAGGAUUAGCCGCUUCAAUGGGAUCUCUUAUUUUGUUAGGAGGAGAAAUUACCAAACGUCUAGCAUUCCCUCAUGCUUGGGUAAUGCUGCAUCAACCUGCUAGUUCUUUUUAUGAGGGAAACACGGGCGAAUCUAUGAUGGAAGCAAACCUUCCUGGCAGAUAUAUAAAGACAUGGAAAGGGAUUUUUUUUAUGUCAGCAGAAGAAGCCCAAGCCUACGGAAUAAUUGAUACAGUAGCGGAUUCUUUGUAA